AUGGAUAUCAAUAAUACAAACCUGGAGCCAUCCUUAGAAAAACAAUUAAAAGGCCAUAGAAACAGUAUUACAGCAUUAUCAUAUAAUCCUAAUGAAAAACAGUUGGCUAGUAGUUCUUUGGAUAAUAGCGUCUUGCUAUGGGAUCUACGCGGUACUAUGAGAAGUUAUCGAUUCCAAGGACACGAUGAGGCUGUGAUGGACGUAACGUUUUCACCAUCAGGAAAAUAUAUGGCUACUGCAUCUCGAGACAAAACUGUGAGACUUUGGGUACCGACAGUGACUGGGAGCACCGGAAUGUUUAAAGCACAUUCGCAGACAGUUCGCUCUGUUCAAUUCAGUCCAGAUGGGACCAAAAUAAUAACAGCUUCAGAUGACAAAAUUGUUAAAUUAUGGUCUAGCGAGAAGCAUAAAUUCUUGGCUUCAUUUGUAGGACAUACAAACUGGGUUCGAAGAGCAUACAUGUCACAUGAUGGUUCUCUCAUAGCGUCCUGCUCUGAUGAUAAAACUACCAGGCUUUGGAAUCCUGGCAGUGGAGAGUGUAUACAUACAUAUAAAGACCAGAAAGGUCACGGGGUGCAUCUGGCAUGGCAUCCGUCCAGCUGCUAUGUUGCUGUUGGCACAUCACAUGGAAAUGUGAAACUCUAUGAUAUAAGAACACAUAAUCUGGUUCAGUAUUAUAGUAUACACAGUGAUGCAAUAACACAAUUGACAUUUCAUCCUAGUGGAAGUUACAUUUUGACUUCAAGUAAAGAUGGGAAAAUGAAGAUACUGGAUUUACUAGAAGGACAUCCAAUAUUUACUCUAAGCGGUCAUAGUGGUGCAGUCAACGCUGUUGCUUUUUCACCAAGUGGAAUAGGCUUUGCUUCUGCUGGUGAUGAUAAAUUAGGUGUGAAGAUUUGGUAUCAGUGCUAUCACAGUACUAUGUAUCCUGUGACUACUUUUGUGCAUGUCGACAAUGCACUGGAAGUAACCAGUGAUUCAAUAAGAAAUUAUCAUUUUCAAGAAAGUGCACCUAAUGCUAAUAGCACAAUGAUUGAGCCAAGGCAGCAGACUCAGGAUCACAGCUCUUCAAGGCCUACUUCUAAUCCAGUUGACAAUUCUGCAAGAACAUAUAAUAAUUCUAUUCCCUCAUUUAAUGGAGAGGAUCAGGCUGAAGAUCGUUAUUCAAAUAAUGUCGGACACAUCAGUCAUAUCCCUCGUACACCACCAAGUCCUGCUACUUACACAAUACCAUCUAUUAUAAAUAAAUCUGUGAGAAUAGAAAAAAACCAAGAAGAUAUAUUCGGAAUGAUAAAGCUUGGAAAUGAUGAUAUCUGUUAUACCAGUGGUACUAUAGAAUGGGUGGGACGCAAGAGAAGCUUUCCCAUUAACAGUGGCUUUAAAAUUAUCAGAAAAAAUCAAAGAGAUACCAAUGAGCCACUUACAAAGAAAACUAAGAGAUUGAAUAACACUUUUAUGAAUGGUAUAAGUAAAAUUAAAGAUUGUGACUGUGCUGAUGUACUCCCAACUGUGAAUGCCAUUGUUGAUCAUUUAAAUGCUCUUCAUGAGGCUGUGGAUCUUGUUGAUCUGAGGCUGAAUACUCUUGAAGAUGUUGUAACCAAUAGUGACUAGAGUUUAUUAUUUAUGUAAUUGAUUAUUAUUAUGUUAUGUUGUAAUAGAAAUGAGAAUAUUUAAAAAAUAAAAUAUUUAUUAAUAGAAAUACUGGCUCAAACAUUUUUUAAUAAUUAAUGAUAUAUUUAUAUGAUGUAAAGCUGCAUCAAAAUUAUCUUACAUGGAAAUGAUAUAUGAAACAUAAUUUAACAGUAAAAUAAACAUUUUUUAUCCAAAUAAAACAAUAGAUCACAAGGGCUAGCAGGUAACAAUUUUCUUUGACACAACAUUCUUUGAAUUUGCCCUCAACAGAACAAAACUUUUAUUGUACCCCAACAUAUGUUGUUUUCUUUCCUGUUUUCUUUAUCACUUCAAGUAGUUGAUCAGCAUUAAGUGUUGAAGUUACAGUUACUUUUUGUUCUGGUAGUGAGAUUGAGACAUUGUCUACUCCUUGGCCUUUUAAUCUGUUAAGCACCCUUUCAACAGCACCCGAACACCCUUCACAAGUCAUUUCUACAUUGAAUAUAUGAGUCUGCAACAAACAAAAAAUACUGUAAAUACACAUAAAGAUUAUUUUAAUUUCUCUUACAUUUUAAUAUUAAUCACAUUGGAACACUUUCUUUGAUCUUAAUCCUGUUUCUGUUUAUCUAGUUUUAUUAAUGCUCAAAAAGAAUAUUUUGAAUAAAAAAUGAGUCAAACUACA